AUGGAUACCACUAAAAAGUACCUACGCUCACAUCCCGAGAUAUGUGUACUAGCUGCCGACAAAGGAAACAGAACUGUCAUUAUGAUGAGGGAGGAAUAUGAUAAAAUGCGAGCACUAGUGGGAGACACUACUACAUACGAAAAAGUACGGUGUGAUCCCACAUCUAAAUACCAGACAAGAAACAACAGCAUAGUCAAACGCCUCAAAGACUUAAAACUGAUAGAUCAGAGACAAGCAGCCACAUUAAUCAUGAACAACGGAUUAUGUCCUAGGAUCUAUGGACAACCGAAAGCCCAUAAGCAGCAUCUUCCACUCCGACCGGUUAUUCCCAACAUUACUGCCCCAACAUACUACCUAGCCAAGUACAUCGCCAACAUACUUCAAAGUUCGUUCCACAGUCAGUAUAACGCUACCAGCUCGUUUGAAUUCUGCAAUGAAAUAAACGAGGCCACACUCCCAGAUGAUUACAUCAUGAUUUCCCUUGAUGUGACAUCGUUGUUCACAAACGUACCACGAAACUUGGUCAUCAAGAACAUUAUCCAACGGUGGAAUGAAAUUGAUACUCAGAUCAAUCUAGAUAUGUUUCUAGAAAUUGUGGAGUUUUGCAUGGAGGCAAGUUAUUUCUGCUAUGAAGGACAGUUCUAUAAACAGACAUUUGGCACGGCAAUGGGAAGUCCAAUGUCACCUAUCGUUGCAGAUAUUGUUCUAGAUUCUAUCAUUGAUACAGCUAUGGGUUCUCUACCGUUUGAGAUCACCAUCUUCAAAAAAUACGUGGACGAUAUCUUUAUGGCAAUCCCACGGAAUACAGAACAACAAGUCCUAGACACCUUCAACAGCGUUGAGUCAAGACUGCAAUUCACCAUCGAAACUGAGGAAAACCACAAACUACCGUUCCUUGAUAUGACGGUCAUUCGCAAUCCCGACCAAUCGAGUGGUACGCAAAGCCGAUAG